UAAUCGAAGCGCCGACCGGAAAAUGUCGGGUUUCAUGCUGUCGUUCACUUCCUUUACUUCAGCUUGAUUGUCUUCGUAAAGUACAGGACGACUAGAAAACAUCUCUGUGCGUCUUUACUGUCCAGGAAAAACGAAAAUGUGGCUGAGGGAGUUGACAGUUAUGGCGGCGGAGAGGCGUCAGUAGGUAAAAGAAACUGCAUCUCAACAGGACCCUGAUCAGAGUGCAGACGCCAUGAGGUGACGACUGUUGCGGCUUGUAUUUUUUUCUGACGUGGACUUAUGGCAAGGAUCUCUUUGUCCUAUCUGCCAGCCUCAUGGUACUGCAGUGUGUCCCUGCUAUCUCUGGGGUGUGCUCCCAGACAGAGGCUCCUACUGCUGCUGCUGCUCCUCCUUAUCUCCACCCUCGUCAUCCUGGGGACCCACCAGCGCCUACUGUGGGGCCCCCAGCGAUGGCCUGGGGCCCAAUUCAACAAGUACCUCUCCAUUGCAGAGACAAUGGAGGCCACUGACGUCCUCAACCCAGCUCUGAAUUAUGGGAUCGUGGUGGACUGCGGCAGCAGCGGCUCUAGAGUCUUUGUGUACUACUGGCCCCCACACAAUGGGAACCCCCACACCCUGCUGGACAUCCGACAGAUGAGGGACCAUGACCACAAGCCUGUCGUCAAGAAGAUCAAACCUGGUAUCUCCACUUUGGCAAAGACACCGACAAAGAGCAGCGACUACCUCCAACCCCUCCUCAGCUUUGCUGCUGCUCAUGUCCCGAAGAACAAACACAAGGAAACGCCGCUUUACAUCCUGUGCACUGCUGGCAUGAGGCUGCUGCCAGAGAGCCAACAGUUGGCCAUUUUGGAAGACCUGGUCAGUGAUGUUCCUUUGGAGUUUGAUUUUCUCUUUUCCGUUUCACAUGCUGAGGUCAUUUCUGGGAAACAGGAGGGUGUGUAUGCGUGGAUUGGCAUUAACUUUGUGUUGGGCCGUUUUGAUCACGCUGAUGAGGAGGAAGCCACUGUCGAGGUGACCACUGGGUCCCAGAACCAGCAGUCAAUCAGCAGGAGGCGCACAGUGGGAAUCAUGGACAUGGGUGGCGCUUCUCUGCAGAUUGCGUAUGAGGUGCCAAGUGCCAUCACAUUCCACUCACCACAAGAGGAGGAAGCGGGGAAGAGUCUUCUUGCAGAGUUCAAUCUGGGCUGCGACGUUGAGCACACACAACACGUGUACCGCGUCUACGUCACAACGUUCCUCGGCUUUGGAGGAAACAUGGCGAGGCAGCGGUACGAGGACCAGCUGGUCAAUGUGACGCUCGCCAAGAACAGGGCUCUAACCCUGCAGUCGGGACUGAGCGAGGACAAACCGUAUCUGGAUCCUUGUCUGCCGGUCGGCCUUUCAGACACUGUUGUCAGGGACAACCAGACUGUUUACCUGAGGGGUCAGGGCGACUGGGAGCAAUGUCAGCAGGCUGUACAGCCUUUCCUGGGACUCCACAACGGAACCAUGUCCCCAGGGGGUGUAUAUCAGGCGCCCAUCAACUUCAGCAACAGUGAGUUCUACGGCUUUUCUGAGUUUUAUUACUGUAUGGAGGACGUGCUGAGGAUGGGAGGACAGUACAACAGUGCUAAAUAUUCCCGUGCUGCUAAGGACUACUGCUCCACAAAGUGGUCAAUGCUGAAGCAGCGUCUGGACAACCAACUUUUCGCUCAGCAGGCUGACGUCAGCAGACUCAAACAUCAGUGCUUCAAAUCUGCCUGGAUGUACGAGGUGUUGCACCGCGGUUUCCGUUUCCCCUCUGACUACCCGAGUCUGAAGACAGCCCAGCUGGUUUAUGACAAGGAGGUGCAGUGGACUCUGGGAGCCAUCCUGUAUAAAACCCGCUUCAUGCCUCUCAGGGAUCUGCAGCAGGAAACACUGCGGCAGAGCCACCCGAACUGGCUGCACUCGUCCUUUGUCUACAACCACCACCUGUUCUCACUCUGCAUCCUGGUAGUGGUCCUCGCCAUCCUGCUCUACAUCCUGCGCCUGCAGAGGAUCCAUAAGCGGGAGCAGCGGCAGGCUGAGGCCCUCAACCUCUUGUGGGCUGAGGAGGGAGAGGCCCUCCUCCCCUGAGAUAGACACCUGUGAAUGGUUCUUUUUACCCACCAACAACAUCAAAGAUCACUCUUUAAUGUUGCAGGGCGAUUCUGCAACGGUUUAAUGAGCCUGGAAAUCAAACUCCUCUUUUUAUUCUUUAAUCAUGCAGCUUGAAGUUCAGCGCUCAUCUCAGGGUUUCUCUGGCUUUCACUUUCUUCUCUUCAUGACAAUUUGGGCUAAAAAGAAUCACCUCUUCAUUGCACGAUCAAACACAAACCAUUUCUGCUACAGAGGACAGAGAAACUGAGUUCAGCGUCUUUACUGCUUCCGGUAAUAAUCAGUGACGAGGAGAUGCAAACUAAGUCAGGUCUAGUCUCAGCUCUACUGUGACAAACACUUGUUUCAGAAAGGUGCAUGUUAUGGUGGUGGCUGCUUGAAUGUGCUGCUCAAUAACAUGACCAAUCACAUUCAUACUCACAACCCAACUAUUUUCUCAUCAAUGUCGACCCAAAUGAACAACAUUAAUCUGUGAUUCCAGUUCAGACAUUGUAGGCCUCAUCUGCUGCCUGCUAGCAUGCUAAAUGUUAGCCUCUGUCAGAGCUGAAACAAUUACUCGAUUAAUCGAUUACUAAAUUAAUCGUCAACUAUUUUGAUAAUUGAUUAAUAGGUUUUGAUGCUUUUUUCAUUAUUAAAAGAAGAUUUCUGAUUGUUUUAGCUUCUUUAAUGUGAAUGUUUUCUUAAUUUCUUUGCUCAUAUAAGAGCAUCAUCAUUUCCAGGUUUGACAAACACCAAACAAUUACUCGAUUAAUCGAGAAAAUAAUCAACAGAUUUAUCGGUUACGAAAAUAAUGGUUAGUUGCAGCUCUCCCUCUGUGGCUUCAACGUGGUGAUGGUUACAGUAACACUGGCAUCCGUGUUGUUGCCGAGCAGCAGUUUUCUCAUGAUUGACACCCAUAACUGUGAGCUCAUGAGUUUCCUCUGAGGGCAGCAUGACUGAGAGCUAUGUACAUGUUUACAUGGAGCGACACAUGCCAAGGAUAUACAUGACGAGAUGAUCUUAUGAAAUAAGAACUUUACUGUCACAUGUUUGACAUUCAGAUAGUAAAAAUGUAAAAACACCAUUGUUCAGCGAAAAAGACAUUAAAAUAUCCUGAACUACAAUAUAUUGACUUUACCAUCUGCCAAAUAAUGAGCUUCAUGGACUGACAUGAGGGAGGAUUCUUCUCAUAAACACAUUUGAAGGCAUGAGUGCUAGCUUUACACAAUGUCAAAUGUUAGUAUGAUGUCAUUAAACCUGGAGCUAACAGGACACUUAGCAUGUUACCACAUUAAUUAUUGAUUAGUGUAAACGUCACAUUUAGCUGGAAAAACUAUCCAUUAAUUUUCUCUCGCUUUAUCCUCGACGUGGGGGUCAUGGGGGUGCUUGGCGAAAAAACCACAGACUCUGCUUUUAUUUUCCUUGUCUCUCUUCAUUGUCAGUGUUUGUGUGUGACGUCUCAUCACUGCUGCUCUGUGCUGCAAACAAAGGAAAAAACAUAGAUGAAGCUGGUGCUGAUUUUUCUUUGAACCACCACCAGCUUCCACAGCCACACACUGAUCUUCAGCGUGAGUGAGUGUGAGUGUGCGUCCGCCAUCGGCAGAUAGUGUUUCUUCUGAGCAUCUGUGCAUCUCCGACGGGAUGACGUCCUCCUGCAGAGCAAUGAUGUCAGCUGUGGAGCUCUAGCCUCAGGUUGGGCUUUGAUACUUGAAUAAUACCACUGUUAUCCUGCCAGGAUGUCCCCAUUCUGUCAGCCUUAACACCGAGCCAAACUGAGUCUGAGCUAUGAUAAGCCGAAGUCUGCUCAGUGUCAGGACCAGAAAACAGACCAAGACCCUGGAGAGACAAGUUUAAACUCGAGACGUUGAAUCAUGUGUUGAUCCCACAGUGGGAGCUUUUUAUUAUUAUUGUUAUUGUUAAUAACAAUAAUAAUAUUAAUGAACAAACAAUAACAAUGUCUGUAAUUUCCCAGUAAUGUAGUCAGCGCAAUGAUGAUGUUUUUAACCUGUCACUCUUACAGCUCCUCUUAGUGAUGUCAUAUUUUCACUAACUUCCUGUUUGCUGCUGUCCUUACAUUCCUGUCCUGCCUCCUUCAUCACCUCAUUAGCAUGUUUGUUAUAUUACAGUGAAACCCAUUCAUUUUAAAUGUGUGUGUGGCAGAGGCUGCACAAGUUCUAUCAAGCGGAACAACCUGUUCUACCUGUAAAUACUUUCAUCAUUUUCAGCAAAAGAAAACAGAAUUUCCAUUUUAUUUUAUGUCUUGACCUUUACUGUAUGCUGAGCCAUUAUUGCGUAAUGUUAAAUCAGCUGCUUCUCUCUCAACUAUGGGUCAGUGGAUUUUCUGGAUUGUGUCACUUUAUAAACUCCUCUACCUAGUGCACCAAACUCCAUAAAGAGACUGAGUGAUUUUACACAGCCGCACACAGGAGUUGUUGACCCACUGUUGCCUCACUGUUGCCUCCAUCACUAAGUUCAAAUGUCUUAUUUUAUGUCUUCAAUGUUUGAAAUUCCAUUCAUCCAUCCAUCCAUCCAAGGGAGUGCUGUGCCAGUCUCAGCUGACUCUGGACAGACUGCCAGUCCAUCGCAGGGACAAACAACCAUUUACCUAUGGUCCAUUUAGAGUAUCCAGUUGACCUAAUCCCCACAUUGCAUUGUUGGACUGUGUUUAGACGAGUAACAUAUUUAUAGAUUUGACAAGGCUUUAUAUUACCAGGCCUGUUAACGCACUCAGCCAUGAUUUCAGUAUGAACAGUGAAGUCACAACCUCAUACAAACCCAAACUUUCUUCAGAGCAGCUUUCUUUCCUUGUUUUCCUCAGUCAGUGACCUUUGACCUCUUCCUGAUGUUGAUUUCUGCUGCUCCUCGCGAUGAGCUCAGCAAACAGUGAUGGAGUUUGGCGACGUGCAGUGUUGAACAUGAAAUCGCUUUAACGUCAUUCCGUUUUUCUUGUGUUAAGUCUUGACUCUGGUCCGUUUGUGUGGGUUUUUUUCUGCAUCAUUACUGAUCCACACAAACUUCCCUUUAGUCCCAUUAAACUCUCAUUGUUAGA